CAACUUGAGAGCAAACGAAAAAAAUCAGGGUUAUCUCCAAUAUGCGAAUAGACUCAAUCAAAGUAAUAAGGCGCAAAAUUAGACACUCCUUAUCUAUUAGGGGUCGUUUGGAUGGAACAUUCGUAAAACGAGACAAUUUGAAGGGGUAAAAUACCUUGGGUACCACUUAAGUUUGAGAAUUGGGGCAGACAUACCACUUAAGUUUGAAUAGGGCGUCGGGUACCACUGAACUCUAUUAUUUGUGCACCCGGUACCACUUAAUUUUAAUGUUAGAUGCAUUCCGUUAAAGUUAACAGAAUAUUCUUGGAAUAUUUUGUUUUCUAAAUUUCUUAAUCAGUCCUUCUACUUUUCUUAUUGUAAAGAAUCAUUUUGACUUAUGAAAACAUCAAUUUUCAUGAUUUAGUUGGUAUAUUCUUUUGAAUACUUGAUACCAAAUUGAUUUGUGAAUAGAAAAUUUAGAAUCAACUAUCAUUAUAAGUAUUUUUAAUUAUCAUUAUGUUUUCUAAUAAUUGAAUUAUUCUCUAAAGCAAAUAUAUCCUAUGAAUUCUAUUUAGUUGGAAUCCUCUUUUGAAGACUUUGAAACCAAAUCAAUUUUUGAAUAAGAAAUGUAGAAUCAAUUAUCAUUAUAAGUAUUUUCAAUUACCAUUAUAAAUUAUAAUAAUUGAAUAAUUUGAUGAAGCAAAUAUAUACUAUGAAUUCUAUAUCGAUAUAAAUAAUAUGAGAAUGUUAUAUUUAAUUCUCGUACAUCAUGCUGGUGUUGUAUAAUUUUCUAUGUUAAAUAUCCUUGUAAUUUUCUAAUAUUAUAUUUUAGAUGUUCCAUAUUAAUUAAAUUUACUAAUUCUAAUUCUCUUCCUAUAGUUGUAUUUUUUUUCAUAUUUGUUACGGAAUGUUGUAAAUUUUAUUUAUUUAUUACUUGGUUACUUUCGUUCUCUUUUCGUUCUAAAUUUUCUUCAAUUACUGGAAUAUGUUUAAUUCUUUCUGACUCGAUUCCAUUUAUCCUUCUUUGGUAUUGAUGUAUUAAUGAUCGACUAGGUUCUAUUUUAAUUAUAUUUAAUAGUAUUUCUAAUUGGAUUAGCGAUUUAAAUAGAUCUUCUAAUAUUGAUUUUAAAUAUUUAUUAUUAUAUUAUAUAUAUUUAUUCUUCUUCUUGGUAUUUGUUUAUUAUUUUUACUAAUUUAUCUAUUUUAUUGUGAAUUUUGAUUAGUCAUUUAAGUAAUAUUAUGUUUAUAAUGUUUUUUAAUUUCUAUAUUAGAUAAAAACUUGUUGAAAUAUAGUUUUGGAUGUUUUUAAAAGUUUUGGGUACCAAAAAGUAAUUAAAAUUUUGGGUUGGAUGGAAAACUAGACGGAUGCACAUUUUGGCGACUUUAAUGGUACCCGACGCCCUAUUCAAACUUAAGUGGUAUGUCUACCCCAAUUCUUAAACUUAAGUGGUACCCAAGAUAUUUUACCCCAAUUUGAAGCAAAUGUUCCAUUUUAGAAAAUGAGACAAUUCUAUGAGAAAUUUGUUUAAAAUUGCCUUGUUUGGAUGGUUAUUUGACAUGAGACAAUUGGAAUGAGGCAUUUUGUGAAAAUACACUUUUGACCUCAUGUUUUUACCCUCUUUCUCCAUCUCUCUUGCUCUCUUUGUUUCCAGCGGCGACAAAGUUGAUGAAAUCUGGAGAACUAUUGGAGAAACUUCGGUCGUUGCAAGUCAAUCGAACUCUCCUCUCUGCUCCCGGAAACCGAUCAUUUUCCCAAUGGAUUUGUUCUUUUCAUCUCUCUACCUUCGCCCGAGAUUUCCACUCGAACUCGACUAUAGCAGUAACAUCGAGAUCCUCAUUAUUAGAAUCUCGACAGAGACGGGCACAAAUGAAAUUGGGCGUUCUGAGCAAAGACGGCUGGAUUUCAAGUCGCCAGCUGCAAUUCGAAGGAUUGAGACUUCUCAUCUCUUGAAUCGGAGGCUGGACUGCCGGUGAGUAACUCCAAUAAAUCUCGCCAUAGUUUGAGACUUGCGAAAAUGGAGCCAAUCGACCCAUUGAUUAAACACAUGCAUCAAGAUCCCUUUGCAUGGAGUCAAACAACCCACUAACUGGUCCCCGAGAACCUGUUGCGUUGCGCCUACGACGAUGGUUGGGCAGCGGCAAUCUCUCUGCAAAUCCGGCAACAUAGUUUCUCUAAUCCUCCCUUUGUCCGCCGGCGACCAUCAUGAUUCUUCUUCCCUCUAUCUGCCAUACAUAGACGAGAAAGAGAAGAGAAGAGUAAUGGCAGAUUGUAGUUGCAGAGAAAGGACAGGGAAGAAGAGAGUGGAAAGGUUCGUAAUUGCAGAGAAAUAGAAAGAAAUAGAAAAAGGAAAGAGAAGAAGAGAGAAGUGGUUUGUCUCUAAAGAGAGAGGGUUAGAAAUGGAAGGAGGGGAUAAAAAACGCGUCAAUUGAAAUUCCCUCCCCCCACCCCAAGUAUUUUCAAUUGAACCCUAACGAAACAAUUGUGAUUUCCCCACCCAAGAUUGCUCCAUUUUUAUUUUCUGCAGCCAAAUGGGUCAAUUUGGCCUAAUUGUCUCAAAAUGAGCCAAUUGAGCACAAUUGAUCCAUCACAAUGUUCCAUCCAAACGACCCCUUAGUUCCAGUAGGUUGAAUAAAGAAGCGACCUAUUUCAAACAAUCAAUCAAUGAUUCCUCGUUUUAAGAUAGAAAUAGGUUGUGAUAGUUGCAAAAACCAUAAACCUAAAGAUCCAUUAGCCACCACUCUCCGUUGUACAACCAAAUUUCUAUCUCAAGAGGCAUAUAUUCAACCAAAAAUUCAAUUUCUAAUCCUCCUUCUACAACUUCAGUUAUUGAUGAACUCCAUUCUAUUCGCCAUGAAUUGAUAUCGGAGUUGAAAUCUUCUACUCGCCCAGCUUAAAAUCCCAACAAUAAAACCGUAGUGCCAAGAGAUAUCUGAAGAUUGAUUUUCAAUGACAGUCUUGUACUGGGAAGUGAAAGGCGCAAACUAUUGCACGAUGGAUGAAAUUUCGGAGGAAGUUAGAAAGAGAAAAGAACAAAGAUAAAAAAAAACAAAAAAUUUAAAUUUAAAUUGAAAAAUGCAAGGAUAGAACACGUAGUUGCAUAAUUAGUUUCUUCCAUGUUAGCCAAUUACCCUUUUACCUUUAGCAAAAAUUAAGGAGAGAGCGGGAAUUUAAAAUUGAGAAAUCUCUACUAUGAAAAUAGAAGUAUCAAUCUCGAUAAAAAUACAUACGGUAGACUUAGUGAGCUUGCUAAUUAUGAUUAAAAAGUCCUCUGAUUUUCAGAGGUUAACUGUCUAUUUUUUGUAUAAAAAAGGAUGCAAUAAAUUUGUUUAGUGUAAUUGGUUGUUAUUGUUAUCUUUGUUUGAAGAGACCCGGGUUCAAAUCUUGAUAUUGCUAUUUUUAUAUGAAAUAAAUAAUAAAUGUGUAAAGACAAAAAUGACCUUCCUACUUUUACUCUCGUUGCAGGAAAUUUGAAAUAGAGAAAAGUACACAAAACUCUACCAUAUAUUAAUGGAGGAUUUGCAUUUGGUUAAUUUUAUGCACUCUUUCUAUAUAUUUAUACAUUUUUUGUACUGGUCCAAUUAACUCAAUUGUCAAUUGGGUCCUCAUAAUAUUCACUUUAGUAAGCCCUAGCUACUAGAUUUGCAUAAAAAUGUAGGAUCUUUAUCUCUUAGCCGCAUGAUUCUCAAUCAAAACCUACAUGCUUUGCAUCUUUUUUCCAAGAAUAAGUGGAAACCAGAAAAGUUGUGAAUGAAACACACAAUAAGUAAUCCAUUAACUCACGAGUAAGUUUCGUAUGCAUUGCUAGACUUGCUUUCCUAGUCCACCAAGUCAACAAAGAUGAAACACUAUGAGUAGGAACGUUUUCCAUUGCACUAAUAAAACCAUCAUUCAUAGCCCCAUCUAUCUUCUUUUUGGUCAAAAAGCUUGAAUAAAGUGACUGUUAUAUC